CUCUCAGGAUAAAAACAAUAAUAGCACGAUGGCUGCGCCUGAGGUAGCUGGUGUUGUGGCCAAUCCUCCCAGUCCUCCGGAAUCCUCUUCUAGCUUAUGUGCUUCCAAAUCUGACGAAAGCCUCCCCGAAGGUCUAAGCCCCAAAGACCCUGCAGAGAAGCAGAAGAACUCGCCUCCGUCGAGUGUAAGUAGCCAAACGAUAACCGAGGAGAAUAACAGAAAUGUGCAUUUGGAACACCCAGAGCAGAAUCCUGGUUCAUCAGCAGGUGACACUUCAGCAGCGCACCAGGAGGUUUUAGGAGAAAACUUGAUAGCCACAGCCCUUUGUCUUUCUGGCAGUGGGUCUCAGUCUGAUUUGAAGGACUUGGCCAGCACAGCAGGAGAGGAGGGGGACACGAGCCUCCAGGAGAGCCUCCAUCCAGUCACUCGGUCUCUUAAGGCAGGGUGCCAUACCCAGCAGCUUGCCUCCGGGAAUUGCUCUGAAGAGAAAUCCCCACAAGCCUCCAUCCCAAAGGAAGGUAGCAGGGACACAGGCUUGGAUUUCCGACCUGUGGUGUCUCCAGCAAAUGGGGUUGAAGGAGUCAGAGUGGAUCAGGAUGAUGAUCAGGAUAGCUCUUCCCUGAAGCUUUCUCAGAACAUUGCUGUACAGACUGAUUUUAAGAAUGCAGAUUCAGAGGUGAACACAGAUCAAGACAUUGAAAAGAAUCUGGACAAAAUGAUGACAGAGAGAACCCUGUUGAAGGAGCGUUACCAGGAAGUCCUGGACAAACAGAGGCAGGUGGAGAAUCAGCUCCAAGUGCAAUUGAAGCAACUUCAGCAAAGGAGAGAAGAAGAAAUGAAGAAUCACCAGGAGAUUUUAAAGGCUAUUCAGGAUGUGACCAUAAAGCGGGAAGAAACAAAAAAGAAGAUGGAGAAAGAAAAGAAGGAGUUUUUACAGAAAGAACAGGAUCUGAAAGCUGAAAUUGAGAAGCUUUGCGAGAAGGGCAGAAGAGAAGUGUGGGAAAUGGAACUGGAUAGACUCAAGAAUCAGGAUGGUGAAAUAAAUCGGAACAUUAUGGAAGAGACAGAGCGCGCCUGGAAGGCAGAGAUCUUAUCACUAGAGAGCCGGAAGGAGUUGCUAGUGUUGAAACUAGAAGAAGCAGAAAAAGAAGCAGAACUGCACCUUACUUACCUCAAGUCUACCCCUCCAACAUUGGAGACCGUUCGUUCCAAACAAGAGUGGGAGACUAGACUGAAUGGAGUUCGGAUAAUGAAAAAGAACGUCCGGGACCAAUUUAAUAGUCACAUCCAGCUCGUGAGGAAUGGAGCCAAGCUGAGCAGCCUUCCUCAAAUCCCUACCCCCACUUUGCCUCCACCCCCCUCAGAGACAGACUUCAUGCUUCAGGUGUUUCAGCCCAGUCCCUCCCUGGCUCCUCGGAUGCCCUUCUCCAUUGGGCAGGUCACAAUGCCCAUGGUUAUGCCCAGUGCAGAUCCCCGUUCCUUGUCUUUCCCAAUCCUGAACCCUGCCCUUUCUCAGUCCAGCCAGCCUUCCCCACCCCUUCCUGGCUCCCAUGGGAGAAAUAGCCCUGGCUUGGGUUCCCUUGUUGGCCCCCAUAGUCCACACAUGUCCCCUGCUGCCUCCAUCCCGCCUCCCCCAGGCUUGGGUGGUAUUAAGGCUUCUUCUGAAACUCCCCGGCCCCAACCAGUAGACAAACUGGAGAAGAUCCUGGAGAAGCUGCUGACUCGGUUCCCACAGUGCAAUAAGGCCCAGAUGACCAAUAUUCUUCAGCAAAUCAAGAUAGCACGUACCACCAUGGCAGGCCUGACCAUGGAGGAGCUGAUCCAGUUGGUGGCUGCACGACUGGCAGAGCAUGAGCGGGUGGCAGCAAGCACUCAGCCACUUGGUCGGAUCCGGGCCUUGUACCCUGCUCCAUUGGCCCAGAUCAGUACCCCAAUGUUCUUGCCGUCUGCCCAAGUUUCGUAUCCUGGAAGGUCCUCACAUGCCCCAGCCACUUGUAAGCUGUGUCUUAUGUGCCAGAAACUUGUCCAGCCCAGUGAGCUCCACCCAAUGGCUUGUUCUCACGUGUUGCACAAGGAGUGUAUCAAAUUCUGGGCCCAGACCAACACAAAUGACACUUGUCCCUUUUGUCCAACUCUUAAAUGACGGACCUGACUGGGGAGGAAGAAGAGGAGAAACUGAUGUGAACAGGAAGUGCGGGUUCAAGAUUUCUAAAACUCUAUAUUUAUACAGUGACAUAUACUCAUGCCAUGUACAUUUUUAUUAUAUAGGUAAUGUGUGUAUAGAAAGUCUGUAUUGAAAUGUUCGUAAAUGAAAGUAUGUAUAUAAUGCAGAAACACUCUGUCCCCUCCCCCCUUAUCUUGUAGUUUUUUUGAGAGAUGCAGAUUGUAGGGAAGAUACUAUUUAGUUUGGUCUUGAAAGUAUGAUGUCCCUGCCUAGGGCUGUCUUCAGAUACAUCUAGGAAGUUGCUGUUGCUCCAAGGCCAUCCUGCUUGGUUUGGCUCAGCCGCUAACGAUUUUCUAAGGCUCGUGUGUGCUGACUUGAAGCCUGGUGCUUAGCUGCUGUCCAGUUAGCUGCCUGGCUUCCCAAGAGCCUCCAGAACUCUCAGUGUUGUUCUAGCCACUCCACUUCAAAUGGGUAAAAUGAGACUCUGAGGAAAAAAAA